CAGGUCGGAAGCGUUUAAAUGCGACAACUCAGGAACCCUGUUAGCUCGCCAGCUAACGCUACAGGGUCUUGUAGCGCUUUUAAGGCUCCACACAGUGAAGCUCUUUAAUUCAUCAGCAGGUUUUAUCUGCUCACUCUGAAGUCAUGAAGCCAGCAGUUGAUGAGAUGUUUCCCGAAGGAGCCGGGCCGUAUGUGGAUCUGGAUGAGGCAGGGGGAAGCACUGGACUGUUGAUGGACUUGGCUGCGAAUGAGAAAGCAGUGCACUCCGACUUCUUCAACGAUUUUGAAGAUCUCUUUGAUGACGACGACAUUCAGUGAUGACCGACGGGAUGAAGGAUGAAGUCUUUGAUCGUGUAAAAUAGUUCUCGAUUGUAAAUGGGAUGUUUCGCUGUUACUGUCUGGUUUAUUGUUUCCGCUCAGGUUUUUGCUUGUCAAUAAAACGUUUGUGAAGAAAAAAAAAAAGCCCUUCGGAUGGCCAGAUGUCUCUGAAUGUUAAAGAUCCCAGACAUUCCAGGACACAAGGUGGAAUUAUCCCGAUCCCUUUUUUGUCAUGUUGAAAUCUGUUUCCAGCCUAGAUUGCAGGUUUUUGCAAAUUCCUGAACACCUGUAAGUGUGUAUAAUUACAUGUUCGAUCCAGUGUUAACAUAAAGACACAGAUGUUCCUUG